CGCUGGGUAGACAAAGUCGUGAAGGCGGGACUCAAAUAUGGUGUCACUCUUUCUCAGACGUCUUGUAGGACGUCUGUCCCUCACUCACCGAUCGCCGGAGUCCUUGUACCGGUUCCAUUAUCCCUUCCUUCGACCGGAGACAAUAUGUCUGCCCCAAGAGGUACUCAGAUUGCAGCGCGCCUGCUGAGAAGAGGCUCAAAAUCUCUGGCCCCAUGUGCGUCCCCAAGAAGAGGCCUAGGAGAGAACAUAAGGCUUCUCGACCGUCAAUUCCAGCAGCGGCAUGCUGCAGUACAUACCCAUACUGCCCGUCAAGCCCAGGCUGCGGCUGUAAUGGAGGAGGAACCGUGGAAGGAUGUAUUCGAAUCUAGCAACCCUGCCAUGUCCUUUCCUUGUCUCGAUGCCCAAGAAAGGAAAACAGCCGCCCUGCAAAAGAAGUCACACGAGUCUGGCCCAGAGCCUUCUUAUACCACAGGCAACCACCUUGUAUUCCACAGCCGAGAGCCGCUUCUCCUCGAUUGGGGAGGUGUACUCCCUUCCUUUGAGAUUGCAUACGAGACAUGGGGAACAUUGAACAAUGAAAAGAGCAAUGUCAUUCUGCUACAUACUGGUCUAUCCGCAUCCAGUCACGCCCAUAGCACCGCAGCCAACCCGAAACCCGGUUGGUGGGAGAAAUUCAUCGGCCCUGGUCUCCCCAUCGACACAAGCAAAUACUUUGUUAUAUGCACCAAUGUCAUUGGAGGUUGCUAUGGCUCCACAGGUCCCUCUUCCAUUGAUCCUUCAAAUGGCCAACGUUACGCUACUCGCUUUCCCAUCCUGACUAUGGACGAUAUGGUCCGAGCCCAGGCACGGCUCCUCGACCACUUGUCAAUCCAACGCCUCUACGCAAGUGUCGGGGCAAGUAUGGGCGGCAUGCAAUCGCUUGCUUUUGGCGUGCACUUCCCCGAGCGUGUGGGCAAGAUCGUCAGCAUCUCCGGGUGUGCGAGAAGUCACCCGUAUAGCAUUGCAAUGCGGCAUACUCAGCGGCAAGUCCUCAUGAUGGAUCCCAAGUGGAAUCGUGGUUUCUACUACGACCACAUCCCACCUCAUUCGGGCAUGAAACUCGCGCGAGAGAUCGCUACCGUGACCUACCGCAGCGGCCCGGAAUGGGAGAACAGAUUUGGCCGACAACGUGCUGAUCCGAACAAACCGCCGGCGUUAUGUCCCGAUUUCCUCAUCGAAACCUAUCUCGACCACGCAGGUGAAAAGUUCAGCCUCGAGUAUGACCCGAAUUCACUUUUGUAUGUGUCUAAAGCCAUGGAUCUGUUCGACUUGGGCCAUGAGCACCAGGAGUCCGUCAGGAAACGCCGCCAACAGAACAGCGCCAACUUCGGGCGCUUGGGUAACGGAACCCACAUGCAAAACGACUCGUCGUGCAGUUUGACUCUCCCUUCGGAGAAAUAUCAAGAACAAACAACCACGGCUGCGAUGGACGAAAUUGUUACGCCAGUCGAGUCAGGACCGCCACAAGAUCUCGUACAAGGCAUGUCGGUCCUGAGAGAUCACCCAGUUCUUGUGUUGGGCGUGGCAAGUGAUAUUCUAUUCCCGGCGUGGCAGCAGCGAGAGAUUGCCGAGACAUUGCGGGCAACAGGCAACCGUACUGUAAAACAUGUUGAAUUGGGCGAAGACUUGAGCUUAUUCGGUCACGACACCUUCUUGCUUGACCUGGACCACGUGGGUGGAAAUGUGGGCAGGUUCUUACAGUGAACGUUGGAUUUGGACGUAUAACAAACAAUCAGAAUUUGACGAAGAAUCGAUGAUCGUCAUUUGUGCCGUCUUCCCUUUAUCGUGAUCUACACUCUAUCGUACGAG